UCCAAGAGAGUUGUUACGCGCCGUACCUCUAUCUGAACCGAACAGCACAACCACCCGUCCGAGUGCCGUCGUUGUUGUCGUUAUUGUUGUGGUUGUCGUUGGCUGAUUGCAAGAUGUUCCGCGGGUCAACCGGUGCUCGUACGAGAAAUUGUGAUUGCUUUCGUUGUAGUGACUGUUUCCGCGAUCACCGAUCUACGAUGGGACCUUCCGUAGUUCAGUAGAAUUUCGGGUGCACGUGUUGAUUUGGUGAAGAACCCUCUGUGAGCAGUGAAAUAUUGCGCGAUUCGGUGAUCUACAAGCAGGUCUGAAGACCCUCGGAAGGUUGUGUAUGGAAAGAAAUGCUGGAAGCUGGAAGAUCAAGUGAGAAGCACCAUACAGAGUGAAAUGAGAAAAAAAGAAGUGAUCGAAUUAAUCAAAUUCUGGAUCGAGUGGGAAUUUUCCAGCGGUAAUUAACGCCCAAGAAACGCCCAAUACAGCAACUUGCGCUCGAGGAUCGACCGACCUCGAGUUAAUUAACGAGCAGCCUGUAAAGGUGGAUCAUACCGUAAAGGAAAGAGAGAAGAACCCAUCGGAAGUGUCAGCUCCAUUUGUCUCUGAUCAACUUUUAUAAUUAAUUAAUUAGCUCCAAUAUAGGUGACAGAAGUGAGUGUUCCUUUAGGUGGGAAGCUGGUUUAGCGACAACCGUGUGCUGUGUGUGUGCCAAUUAAACUCACAUUAGCCUCUCUGCCGAUGCCCGCACGGUGACAAGUGACAAGUGGUUGAUGCGGGUUGUCAGAAGUUGUACAGUGCUCAUAAAGUGCAGUUAGGUGUGACCUUGAACACAAUUCGAACGCAAACAAAAAAAAAACAAGAAGCAGCACGAUCAUCAGAACGUUCCAGAGGUUCCUCAACGGGUACCCGUCGACGUGUUGUCCGCCGCGCGUGUCCAUAUGAUGUUGAUUGGAUCGGCGAUCGGGAGUGAGUUCGCACAGCUGCCGACCAGUGGAGCCGCCCCGUGGAGCAUGGAACCACCACCGAGGGCACCCGGGGGUCUGCCCGGUCAGCAGCCCGGUCCGCCGCCGCCACCGCCGUCGAUGCAGCUAUCGCCUACCGUUGGUCUCUCGCCGAACCUCCCCUCGCCCGGCAACCUGCCCCAGUCGGCGACGAAUCUGUUCGGCGCUGCAGCGGCUGUCGCUGUGGCAGCCGGUCACCCCGCCAACGCCCAAGCUCUGGCCGGCCUGGUGUCGCAACAUCGACUUCUGGAGCUGUCCCGCUUCGGUCUGCGGGGCUAUGACCUGGCGCAGCAUAUGCUAACGCAACAGGGUGCCGUGUCCAAACUGCUCGGUACCCUGCGACCACCCGGUCUGAUCGGUGGGUCCAAGCCGAAAGUGGCGACACCGGCCGUCGUCUCCAAAAUCGAACAGUACAAACGGGAGAACCCGACCAUCUUCGCCUGGGAAAUCCGGGAACGUCUCAUCUCGGAAGGCGUCUGUACCAAUGCCACCGCACCCUCGGUCUCCUCCAUCAACCGAAUCCUCCGGAACCGGGCGGCAGAACGGGCAGCUGCGGAAUUUGCCCGGGCCGCUGGCUACGGUCUGUACCCACCGCCACCGUACGGAGGCUUCCCAUGGCCGACGCCAGCCCAUCUGUGGCCUCCGGGUCAAUCGCUACCGGGUAUGACCCCACCCGGUAGCAGCUCCAACUCCACCCCCGUCACCAUCGGGUCACCUGGAUCCGGAUCGCACGACACCCUCGGCAGUCCGGAUGGCAAUCGACUGAUCGAUAUCGAGGGAGAGGAUUCCAACAGCCUGGACGGAGAUCAACCAAAGUUUAGACGCAAUAGGACAACCUUUACACCCGAGCAGCUCGAAGAGCUGGAGAAGGAGUUUGACAAGUCGCACUACCCCUGUGUCAGCACCCGAGAGCGCCUAGCAUCCCGAACUUUGCUCAGCGAAGCCCGCGUACAGGUUUGGUUUUCCAACAGACGGGCGAAAUGGCGACGUCAUCAAAGAAUGAAUCUUUUAAAAAGGUCCAGUUCGCCGAAUUCCCGAGCGGCGGCAGCAAGUUCCGCUUUCACCCCUGGUUCCCCCCCACCGCGGCCGAGAUCGGGAUCGGCGUCGGCCACCGGAGUCCACCCGCCACUGGGAGCGGCAGCCCAUCACCAAAACCAGUCAACCUCACCGGUGGCGUCCCACCUGGCAGCGUCGCAGGCCCAUGCCCAGGCCCAGGCAGCAGCGGCAGUGGCAGCAGCUCAGGCGGCAUCAUUAGUCACAGCAUCAGCUCCAUUAUUAAUGGGCGGUGAGCAUAGUGCAUUCCGCUCGUUGGUCCCGACCUCGGCGGCAGCAUCGUUCUUUGCCGGUCUGUCCCGUUCGUAUGCCGCCACCACCGGCACCAGCUGUUCGUCCAAUCCGUCGGCCAGUCCGGUCCCGAGCGAUUCCGACGAGGAAAUCAACGUUCACGAGGAUGAGUCCGACAUUGAAGUCUCGAGUCGGAACGGCGACGGCGGAGGGCCAUCCACCACCCCGCUGCAGCUGACCAAACAUGAACGACACUAGGUGCGGAUUGGAGCGGAGCGUAGAGGCACGGUAGUACUCAAAUUUAUCUCUUAAUUAUUUAAAGCCCCUCCCCCCAACAAAAUCAAAUUUUGAUCUGUAAAUACCCCAACCCCUUUGGUGCAAUUUCCGAUGUCUUUUCAAUGGCUCCCAUUUUCCCGUUACGCAAUCCAUAGGUUUCAAUAUGGCUGCUGCUAGUGCAGUCAACGAGACUACAUCGAUCGACGGCAUUGGCAGAGGAAACCUUAGAAAUUGAAUACCCUCGCCCAGGCGCAAGCACGAUUACCCCUCUUUUACUUAAUGGCUCUCUAUGCUGCCGGACGGAACGGAACGGAUGGACGUACGGACGCAGCGCAGCCAU